AUGAAGCCUCAAGACAGAUUCUACUCUGAGGGCCAAAGCUACUUUGGACCGGGAGAAAACCCCUUGACGGAAACUCAUUGCAAUGUCUGGGAUUGGGAUCAGCUAAGGAUGGUAAAGGUCAAAGGCACCGCUAAGCUCUUUCCGCCCGACGAGGAUAUGGAGAUUCCAGUUCUGGCACAAUUCGCGGACCAUUUGUCACCGAAAGUUUGCGCUGUCACCGUCGACGAAGAUGGACUUCUUGCGGGAGUUUCGACCGAUCUGGAAGAGGAUGAUACUCCCUUUGUUGCAUAUCUUCCCAUUUCUAUGGCUGAGACGCUCGCCGAUUGCCAUACAAUUCAGUACUCUAAACUCCAGGAGCUCGAUCGACUCGGACCAGGAGUUGAUCUCUCAUUAUACAAAGACGAAUUCGGGAUUCCUCACAGGGUUGCCUUCAAAUUUAACCCUUUGGACAAGCCCCAGAGACUACGGAUGGCCUGGGACGAACUCAACCUUCUUAAAAGCCUGCCAUCACACCCCAAUAUAGUACCAUUUGAUCGCGUGGUGGUCGAAGAUGUGGAGUCUCGGGUGAUUGGAUUCACAACGAAAUACAUUCCAGGUGGAACCCUCGACAAUACAAAUGUGCCUUUCCGAUUUGAGUGGUUGCAACAACUUACCCAGCUCGUGGACUUUCUUAAUUUGGAAUUGGGGAUCAUGCAUCAGGACAUUGCACCCCGCAACCUGCUUAUUGAUCCGGACACAAACAAAAUCCUACUCUUCGAUUUCGAUUGGGCAGCACAUGGAAAGAACCGCUUGCUGGAAGGUCGAGAUGAUGUGACUGCUGUUGUAUUCACACUCUAUGAGCUCAUUUCAAAUGAUGCACAAUUCACGAGUAUUCCUCACUGGGAACGAACCCUGGACAUGGUGCAAAAUAUCUCGGAAUGGACGUGUAAUCGGGAGCUGGACUCCGACGUAUCAAAUUUCCGCAAUUUUUUGAAUGACUGGGUCACCACACGGAAAUCGGACGAUGACUUGGAACGAUAUAUCAACGCACCAAGCCGGCUUACAUGGCCGGACAUGCCAAACGUGCCCGACUACAAUGUUCCUUUCGAGCUGGGCAAAACUUCGGAUGGAGAACCAAUCUGGACAACCGGUCCACGAUUCAGACGUAUUGCAAUGGAGAAAGGACAGUAUUGCUUUCGCUGGGAGAGACCACCUUAUAGUCAAUUGUUGAACAAGGCUAGAGGUGGUCUUCAAUAG